AUGGGGCUGCGACGCGGCCCGCCGUCGAUACAGUUCGAGCAGAACCUCCGGACGCAGCACGUGGACUCGAACCACGUCCAGCCUCUGGUCGACCUCGCGCAGUGGAGCCAGUGCAUCGAGACGCGCCCGUGCUCCCCCGCGAAACACGCCGCGCAGGUCAAGCGCGACGCCGUGCAAGGGCUGUACGUCCUCGCGCGGAGCGAGGGGAACAAGGAGGUCAUGGGAGCGAUGGGCGCGCUGACCGCGCUCAUGGAGCUCGUGUUUAAGAGCGAAAAGAAUCCCACCGCAUUCAUCGUCGAGUCGCCGUCGAAGCCGCCGGCGCGGAGGAGACGACCGAGCGGCGCGAACGCCGCGAGCCGGCUGGGUCCCGGACGCGGCAGCAUCGCGGAGGAGACGAUCGCGGAGGAGGGUGCCGAGAAGGCGGAGGGGGAGGGGGGGAUUGAUCGCGGACGGACGAAUCGGAACGCGGACGCGGCGGCGGCGGCGCCGGACCCGCCGGACCCGCCGAAACCGUCGACGCCGCCGGCGACGCUCCCGCUGACGCCCACGCACGCGUCGCCGAAACCGCGACUAAUCUCGGACCUGGUAGACCUGGACCCCGCGGCGGCGGCUUCCUCCGCGUCGGAUCCCAGUUUAAAGGAAGAGAAGAGCCGACCGACUGGGGACCUGAAACUGACGCGUCUCGCCGCCGCCGCCGUCGCGGCGCUCCUGACGAACGCGUCCAACCAAGAGCGAUUCGUCGAGAUGGGCGGGCUCGAGAUGACGUGCGACCUGAUCGAGAUCACGAAGAACGCCGAGCUGCUGUGCUGCCUCGCGAGCAUCCUGGACAACCUGUCGCGGCACAAAAAGUUCCAAACGCGUUUCGUCGACGGCGAGACGUUGAGCUCCGUGCUCAGCCUCGCGCUGCGAACGAACGCGGACGUCCGCGUCGCCGCGCACGCGGUGUCGUGCCUGCGAAGGGUCGCUUCGAACCCGGAGAACCAAACCCGGUGGCCCGCGGCGGCGUUGGAGACGCUCAUCGUGUGGUUGGAGUAUUUCGAAGGGAACGAUAAGAUUCCCGCGAUGGUGAUCGAGGCGCUCGCGUAUCUGUGCGAGGAGGUGGAAGAGAACCGCACGCGCGUGCGCGACCUGGACGGGAUCGCGCUCAUCGGUGGAUACUUAGAUCUGGAUAAGCACGACGACGACGUGCGGUUGUGCGCGAUGAAGUGCGUGCGGUGCAUCGCGGAGAGCGACUCGUGUAAGAGGGCGGUGGCGGUGCCGGAAAUUUUGACAAACUUUCGAGCCAUCGUGGAGCUGAACGCGAUGACGAACGACGUGGAGCAACUGCGAGAGGCGAUGCUCGUCGCGACGUCGAUCGCGGAGUGCGAGGAGAAUAAGAUCCUCCUCGUGGAGUGCGGGUACCACGAGGCGCUGUUUAAAGUCUUGGACAUGAUCAGCGACCGGACGUUCCACCGCAACUGCACGAAAUUUCUCAAAGAGCUCUGCGAAGACGACGACUGCCGCGAGGCGAUGAUUCCGUACAUGUAUCGCAUCGUGACGCACGUGUGCUCGUCCGACGACUUCGUGACGCAGAUGUACAGCACCUUGAUGCUGUGCGAACUCUCGCAGAAGCCGUCGACGCUCGACGCGAUCAUGAAGCACUGCCACAGGGUGUGCGCGACGCUCGAUCGAUGGCUCGCCAACCCGCUCCCGGACGAGAAGUUCCAGCGUCACGUCGUCGAGCUCGCGGCGCUGCUCGCCGUGCACGACAAAGCGAAGCUCGAGAUUUGCACGGGGGAGCGAGAGAUCGUGCCCGGGUCGAAGGACGAGUUGGACGGUCUCGCCGCGGGGAAGUUUAAAAUUCUGGACAGCUGCGUCGCGUUGACGCGGAGUAAAAACGCGACGCUGCAAAAAGCCGCGGCGACGUUCAUCGCCGCGCUCAGCGCCGGCGUCGGCGACAGCGGCGACUUCGCGCGGCAGUCGCUGGUGAACGCCGGCGCGCUGUGGCGCCUGAAAGCGCUCGCGAACGAGGCGCGCGCGGUGGAGACGAUGGAGAUCGCCGGGGAGGUUUUGGAGAAGAACCUCGUGACGCACGUGAGCGCGCUGCGCAUCCAGAAAUUGUUUCGCGCCAAACUCGCCGCGCGGGCGCUCACGAAACGGAAGGAGGAGGCGGCGGCGAAGAACGCGCCGAAGGCGUGGGUGGACCCGAGGUCGUCGCGCGCGUCGUCGAGCGCGUCGUUGGCGUCGUUGGCGUCCACGGCGGCGCAGAAGCGCGCGGAGGGGGGCGGGCCGUGA